GCAUAAGUAAAUCAAGCCGCGGGAGCGUGCAGCAAACCAAAGCCAGGAGACACGCUUCAUUCCCGGGAAACGCCGAGCCGGUGUCGACCCCAGCAGCGGAGCUCCGCGCACAGGAGGACCCACCGAGCAGCCCCGCAGAGACACGGAGACCAGCCAUGAGAGUCACCGGGUGUCUCCAUUAAAGCUUUCUUUUUUUUUAAUUUAUUUUUUUAAAAGACUUUUUUUUUUUUUUUUUAAUUGGGCGCUACUGGACUCGGACCACCGGUGCGUCCACAGAAGGAGAGCCGAGGAUUGAGUCGCCUUGGCCGGGCUCAACUUGGCAGGCUGCACCGCUACUUGGCUGGAAGUUUAAAAAAAACAAAAACACACACAAAAAAGCCAAACUGGGAAUUUUUUUUGUUUUUGUUUUUGUUGAAGAAAAAAAAACCUGCCUUUUUGUUUGGAUUUGCGUUGCGAUUUUGCUCGUCAGGCUGGCUUUGGAGCGGAUUUAAGUGGACUCAAAUCCCGAACCCGGAGCGAGGCUUAUGGCGCAAAGGUACGAAGACUUGCCCCACUACGGGAUGGACGGGGUGGGCAUCCCCACCACCAUGUACGGAGACCCGCACGGAGCGCGCUCCAUGCAGGCCGUGCACCUCAACCACGGGCCCCAGCUGCACACGCACCAGUACCCGCACACGGCCCACACCAACACCAUGCCCCCCAGCAUGGGCUCGUCGGUCAACGACGCUCUCAAGAGGGACAAGGACGCCAUAUACGGGCACCCUCUGUUCCCCCUGCUUGCACUGAUUUUCGAGAAAUGUGAAUUAGCGACGUGCACCCCCAGAGAGCCCGGGGUGGCCGGAGGAGACGUCUGCUCGUCGGAGUCCUUCAACGAAGACAUCGCGGUGUUUGCAAAACAGAUCCGUGCAGAAAAACCUUUAUUUUCAUCGAAUCCAGAACUGGAUAAUCUGAUGAUUCAAGCCAUUCAGGUUUUACGGUUUCACCUGCUGGAGCUGGAAAAGGUCCACGAGCUGUGUGACAAUUUCUGCCAUCGGUACAUCAGCUGCUUGAAGGGCAAGAUGCCCAUCGACCUGGUCAUCGACGACCGCGAGGGGGGCUCCAAGUCGGACAGCGAGGAGAUCACCAGGUCCUCCGUGGCCCUCGACCAGACGUCCUGGAACAGAGACCACGACGACACGGCGUCCACACGCUCGGGGGGCACGCCGGGGCCGUCGAGCGGCGGCCACACGUCACACAGCGGCGACAACAGCAGUGAACAAGGCGACGGGCUGGACAACAGUGUGGCGUCUCCGAGCACGGGCGACGACGACGACCCGGAUAAGGAGAAGAAGCGCAACAAGAAGAGGGGCAUCUUCCCCAAGGUGGCCACCAACAUCAUGAGAGCUUGGCUCUUCCAGCAUCUAACGCAUCCGUACCCGUCAGAGGAGCAGAAGAAGCAGCUGGCGCAAGACACGGGCCUCACCAUCCUACAAGUCAACAACUGGUUCAUCAACGCCAGGAGGAGAAUAGUCCAGCCGAUGAUCGACCAGUCCAACCGUGCAGUAAGUCAAGGAGCGCCCUACAACCCAGAUGGUCAGCCCAUGGGGGGCUUCGUCAUGGACGGCCAGCAGCACAUGGGAAUCAGACCACCUGGACCGAUGGGCGGCAUGGGUAUGAACAUGGGCAUGGAAGGUCAGUGGCACUACAUGUAGCCCCGCCCCCGCCCAUCAGGGCCGACCAAUCGCAACACGGAGGCGAGAGACUGCGGGGCACAGCAGGAGGUCACCUGUCACGCAGAGCGAGGCGUACGGAUUUACGAGGGAGAUGAGACUCACUGACUUCCCGACAUCAUCAUCAUCUUCCUUCUUGUGCACUUCCGAGACCUUUCACAUUUAAAUUCGACUGAUCUUCAAAGACCAACGUGCCCCCCCCCCCCCCCCCCCUCCCCCAAACUCCCUGCUUGUUCUGUGCCGCCCAAACCCCGACCGACCCCCGCCCUCCUCCUCUCUCGCCGCCGCCCUUCGCAAGGCCCGGUCCUUUACUUCCGACUGUGACAGAGACACACCUGUGCGCCCGUGUGGCUCCGCCCACUGAGGUGCCAACUGCGGCAGAGACUUCCUGUUGACGAGCGCCGCGCUCUUUGGGACGAGGAGGAGAAGCCAAUGUCUGUAAACGUGGCCGGACACUGACACACCAAAAAAAAGAAAAAAGAAGAGGUGCCCAGUUACAAAACAAGAAGAGGAAAGUACAAAACAAGAAGAGGAAAGACGUUCAAAAAUAUUAAAAAACAAACUUUAUCAAGCCCAUUUUUGGGGGAAAGGUGGAGAAAGCGAGAGCAAAUAUACUGUAAAGAAUGAUGCUGGACUCUCACAAGAACUGGGAAUUUAAUGUAAAUGUAUUGUUCUGCAUAUUAUGUUGUUUCUAAUAGAGUUUUUUAAAAAAGACUCCGUUUUGG